AUGAGGCUAUGGAAGAGGGUUUUCGGGGCGUUAAAGGACCAAAACAGUCUUUUAAAAGCAAGACUGGUAUGUCAUUUAACGUCCGGAAAUCCUGACAUAGAGAAAGCCAUCAUCAAAGCCACCAGCCAUGACGAAUCCUACAUUGAUUUCCGUAACACACAAUCUGUCUUUUCAUGGAUUCGUCUUUCUGACGAAAAUUUCCAACCUACGUUGUCAGUCAUUUCUAAAAGAUUAGAAAAGACGCACAACUGGGUGGUGGCCUUGAAAGGCCUCAUGCUUAUGCAUGGAGUUUUCUGUUGCAAAGUCUCCUCUCCUCAUACGAUCGGACACUUGCCAUUCGAUCUAUCAAAUUUCAAACACGGGCAUUCAGAAAGUGCAAAGAAUUGGAGCUUCGAGGCGUUCGUCCGGUCUUAUUACGAUUUCCUCGAGCAAAAAUCGAUGGUUUUAUUACAUUUCUCCAAACAACCAAAUAAUAACAAAACCGAAGAACAUCUCAUACUCCAAGAUCUUGUUUGUCUACAUACCCUUCAACUUUUGCUCGACACGCUGCUUCAAAUCAAGCCGCGAUAUGCAGCAAAGUCAAACACGUUUGUUCUCGAAGCAAUGGAUUGUCUCGUCGUCGAGAGUUUUGACAUUUACAGCCGUAUAUGUGACGGGAUCAUGAGCGUUCUCGCGGAUAUAUAUUCAUGUGGAAUGACAGAAACUAGCACAAUGUUAACCAUUCUUGAAAAAGCAACGGUCCAAGGCGUAAAACUGUCUCAAUAUCUCGAUUUUUGUAGACAAAUGGGCGUUAACAACGCAUCCGAAUGUCCUAAAACCGAGCAGAUAGAUGAAACCGACCUUCAAGAUCUUGAAGUUUUGAUUGAAUAUACUUCUGAUGAGUCAGAAGAGAUGAAAUCUUUGGUGAUGGACAAGAAGAUGAUGACAAAAGCGCAUGAAAGUAAUGAUUCGAAAGGCGGGUUGAAGGCGAUAAUUACAAAUGAAUGGGAUGUGUUUGAUGAAGAUGAUAAAGAACCAGAUUAA